AUGAUGCACCCUUCGAGACAGGCGUACGUGGAGGAGGCCGUGGAUACCGACAUGGGCAUUGACUUGGCUAAUCUGCCUGUCGACCGCGAUUAUGAACUCCCCUCUGCGGCGGCUGGCAUCCCGCCUGAACGAGCCUCCGCCAUUCUGUCCCAAUUCGAACGAAAGCGAAAGGCCGCCGCCAUGGCCGUGCCGACCGACGAUACGCGAGUGCGCGCGCGACUGCGAGAGAUCGGAGAGCCCAUCACACUGUUUGGCGAAGGACCGGCGGACCGACGAGAUCGAUUGCGAGAGCUUCUGACGGAUCUGGCGGAGAGACAGGGCGAUGGAGAUGUGGACAUGGCGGAGGCAUUGGAGGACGAGGAAGAAGAGGAAGCAGAGCAGCAGGAGGAGUUCUACACGGAGGGGUCGGAAGAUCUCUUGAACGCCCGCAAAGCAAUCGCGCGUUUCUCUUUGCCCCGUGCGAAAACGCGCGUCGACCGUUUGCGAGAAGAGUCGACGAUCCCACUAAGAACACAUAUCAAACAUCGCAAAGCAAUCAAAGAGAAGCUACACGGAUUCGAUCUCUACGGGUCUCAGAUUGCCGGUGAACGUCCCGUCAGUAUUUGCCGAUUCUCGCCGGAUGGACAGACCAUUGCGACUGGAAACUGGGGCGGUGGGAUUAGCUUGCUGACGGUGCCGAAUCUGGAGGAGAAACGGUCAUUCAAGGCGCAUUCGGAUCGGGUGGGAGGUCUAUCGUGGUUCCCCGGCGCUACGUUACCCACUUCAGAUGUAUCCCCGUCGACCGUCAACCUGGUCUCCGGCGGCGGAGAAGGCAACGUGUGCCUUUGGUCUCUCGAUAAGAAUGAACCGUUGGCGACUCUCUCCGGUCACUCAGGCCGUGUGUGUCGGACGGAGUUUCACCCCUCAGGUCGGUACGUCGCCUCCGCUUCUUAUGAUACAACAUGGCGCCUGUGGGACGUGGAAACGACAGCCGAGUUACUGCUACAGGAAGGUCAUUCCCGAGAGGUUUACACUUGCGCCUUCAACAACGAUGGCUCUCUAAUGGCCAGUGGUGGACUGGACAGCAUCGGACGGAUCUGGGAUCUGCGGACGGGUCGGACGGUGAUGAUUCUCGAGGGCCAUAUUCGCGAAAUCUACGGCCUGGACUGGGGUGUUGACGGAUACCGAGUGCUGUCGGGCUCCGGCGACGGAUGGGUUAAAUGCUGGGAUCUGCGUCAAGUACGAAACACGGGGGGUAUUGGAGCGCACAAGAGCGUCGUUUCCGACGUGCGAUGGUACAAGGGGACGGAAUCAGCGGCAUCCUACCUGCCGUCGGUGGACGGACAGAACGGCCGCAUGGAGGUCGACGGUGCCACGAUGACCUCGAGUGAUGCGCCGACAGCACCCGUGCAACCGCGCAAGUCGGGCACGUUCUUCGUGACUAGUGGAUUCGAUAAGAACGUCAACAUCUUCAGCGCGGAUGACUGGUCGCUAGUGAAGUCGCUGAGUGGACACGCGGGCAAUGUUCUCAGCACUGAUAUCAGCGACGAUGCGAAAUGGAUUGCUAGCUGCGGACAUGAUCGCACAGUCAAGCUUUGGGGCAUUGAAUGA